UUUCGGUUCGACAUUUACUUUGCGCGACCCGAUUUCACAAUAACCAAAAUAUUGUCAGUUACAUUGCUUAAUAGUCUCAUCUUGAGCAAUACCUCGAAGAUUGUCGAAGAUGGGGAACAUAAACACUGUUGGACCAAAUGAAGCACUAAUUAUUUCAGGAGGAUGCUGUGGCUCCCAGGGGAGGAAAACCAUUGUUGGAGGAUGGGGCUGGUCAUGGUGUUUAGUGACCGAUGUUCAGAGGAUAUCCUUAGAGGUCAUGACCUUGAACCCUGUGUGUGAGAGUGUAGAGACCUCUGAGGGUGUGCCAGUUACUGUGACAGGGGUCGCCCAGGUCAAGAUCAUGAAGGAACCCGAGCUUCUGAAGACUGCCUGUGAACAGUUCCUGGGGAAAAGUGUCCAUCAUGUUGAAUCAGUCAUUCUGCAGACAUUAGAGGGUCAUCUCAGGUCAAUUCUUGGUACUUUGACUGUGGAGGCAAUUUACCAGGACAGAGAUCAGUUUGCUCAGCUGGUGAGAGAGGUUGCUUCCCCUGAUGUGGGUAAGAUGGGGAUUGAAAUUCUGAGCUUUACCAUCAAAGACAUCAGUGAUAGAGUGGAGUACCUGACGUCACUUGGACGAGCCCAGACUGCCAAUGUUAAGAGAGACGCUGAUAUUGGUGUAGCAGAGGCUAACAGGGAUGCUGGAAUUAGGGAGGCAGAGUGUGACAAACAGCUGAUGGACACCAAGUUCCAGGCAGACACAAAGAUUGCCGACUCUUCUAGACAGUACCAGAUGAUGAAGGCCUCGUUUGAUAUGGAGGUCAACGCAAAGAAAGCUGAGGCGGAGUUGGCUUAUCAGCUGCAGGGAGCGCGUGAGAGACAGAGGAUCCGCCAGGAGGAGAUUGAGAUAGAGGUGGUGGAGAGGAGGAAGCUGAUCGACGUGGAGGAGAAGGAAAUCCUCAGGAAGGAGAAGGAACUGAUCGCCACCGUCAAACGACCAGCAGAGGCCCAGGCCUACAAGGUGGAACAGCUGGCCGAAGGUCAAAGGAGACAGACAGUGGAGGUGGCACACGCCGAGGCUGAGAGAAUCCGUCUGAUUGGUGGAUCGGAGGCAGGUGCUAUUGAGUGUGUGGGUAAAGCAGAGGCAGAGAAGAUGAGACUGAAGGCCUCGGCCUACAAACAAUAUGGAGAAGCCGCCAUGUUAUCCCUGGUUCUGCAGACUCUGCCAAAGAUUGCUGCUGAGGUGUCGGCCCCUCUUGCUAAGACAGAUGAGAUAGUGAUGGUUGGAGACGACAGAACUACCAGUGAAGUGAGUCGACUGGUGAGCCAGCUACCUCCUGCUGUACAAGCCCUCACAGGAGUGGAUCUCUCUAAGGUUGUGGGUAAAAUCCCAGGUGCCACAUCAUAGAAGUUGUGUGUUUCUGAAUCCCUGCAUGCAUGACAAUGGGGCAAUUAACAAAGACCCAUUGUGGACAUCGUGUUACUGUGUAGAUUUCUUUUUUACACACACUGACAGUCCAUCGAUUAACCGCUAGCAGCAUAUUUAAACAGUCAUAUUGUCUGCAUAACUACACAUAUUCAUCAUAAGGGCUUUAGUAAACUUGUGUUAAAAUUAUAUUUCCAUUAAUUCUAUACUAGUCAUUAAAAGUUUUUUUUAUUAAUUUAUGGGAUUAAUUUCUUAAAGAAAUGACUUCAAAACAUCUGCCUUAUGAAUCGGGGUGUGCUCAAUUGUUUUUUAGUGUGGUGGUAAAUUUUUGAUUUAUUUUACGAAGGGUUAGUGAAAUAACGGAAGAACUAAAUACAUGUUCAUGUAGGUAGAGAGGAAUGUACAUGUUAAUGUAUACUAAGCAUAAUGCUGCUUAUACUCCAGUGAAAUCGUUCCAUACAAGCUGCUAACCAGGGCUUUGGUAUGAGAUGUAAAUCAGUACUGGCAGCUAUUGUCCUAUUUUAACUAAUUCUUUGUUGUUUUUUACUUUGUCUUAGUACAUUACUGUACUUGUAUUUUAAACACUUGUAUUUUUGAUGUACUGUUUGAGCAUUACUUGGUUUUUAAGAGUAACAGUUCAUAUGAAAUAAGCACUUUUUUGUCAAUUUGAAAACUAUGAAUUUAACAUAUCCAACACAAUGAUAAUAUAUUCAGCACAGUCCUAUAGAUAGAUGUAUUUGUUUCCAUACACUGUGAUACCUGGAUUUAUCACUUAAAAAUCGAAAUUAUGUUAAAUCAAUAGCUUGAAAAUUAUGGAUUCUGGACAUUUUGUUUUAACAGAUUCCUUCUUAAUAUCCACUGAACAAAAACCUUUUCAGGGGGUAUUUUUAAAAUAAAAUCUUUUUAUGAUCCAAAACCAUUACAUUUUAUUUGUUAUCAGGCAAUUAUUUGUCCAUUGUAUAGAUACCCACCUACAUGUGUAGAUCAUACUAGAUUUAUCUGUGUAUGUUGUAACUUAAGCAAUAUUAUUUAGCAAACCAUAAUACUAUUGCAUAUUUAUAAUGGUAUUCAUUGUACUCAUUAGCAUACCUUUCAAAUAAAGUUUUAUGAAAUGUGAAUACAA